AGCAGCGCGGCUGCGGUUGUAAUUUGAAAAAUAGGGCUCGAGCGCCCGGGACCCGGGUGCAGGAACGGCAGCGGAUUUUGCAGCAACAUGGACAGCGGCGGGAACUUGGAUUUUCAGGAGUGCUGGCAAAUGUUUGAGGCUAAGGUGCAGAGCUAUGCAGGUGAUGAUCCAUUGGAUCUAUGGGACAGGUUUAUACAGUGGGUAGAACCUUUACUUCCCCCUACAGAGAAAGAUGUGUUGGUCUCAGUGUUGGAGAAACUUGUAAAGAAUUUUAUGAGUGACAAGAAGUAUUCCAAUGAUCCAAGAUAUGUCAACUACUGGUUGAAACUGAUAAGCUGCAGCACAACACCACUUGAUUUUUACAACUACAUGUACAGUCAAGAGGUUGGCAUAAAAUCAGCUGCCCUCUAUCUUGCUUGGGCAAAUGUGCUGGAAAUGAAAGGCGACUUUCAGAUAGCUGAUAGCAUCUUUCAGAAAGGCAUUCAAAAUUCUGCAGAACCAGUGGACAUGCUAAUACAUCACUAUGGGUGUUUUAGGGAUCGAGCAUCUCAGAAUCUUCUUCCAGUUAGAGCAGAAAACCCCGUAAGAUCUAAACCUGACCAUGUAGGGAAUCAACACAGUAUGCUUUUUGGAUCUCAAAAAGGCCUUCUACAUGAACCUUCGGAAAAUCUCCAAUCAGUCAGUCGAGAUUUGUCUGCUUUGAAUAAGAUGGGUUUGAAUGCUGCACCCAUGGGUUCAGAGACAGUUCCCAGAUCUCAGGGUUUACAUCCACAGCUACUACAAGACAACAAAGAGAAAAGCUCUGACAGUAAACAACCAAUGUUUGCUCCUUGUGGUACAGAGUCUGAUAAUUUAAUUUCAAAUGCACCUAAGAUUGUGAAUCAAAAUGGCAAUCAAGGUAAAAGCCAGGGAGCAGUUGAAGUUCAGCAAGUCAUCAUGUACCAUAAAGAUGUUCUCUUUUCUGGAGAUAAAGAGAUGUGUUUUGAAGAAAUUCGAGCUAAGGAUUACUUUAUGCGAAACCAACUAAAAGAAAAGGAGGAAUGGAAGAAGAUUUGUACAGCCUCCAAAUCUGAUGAGAUCAGAUCACUGGAGCAAAAACUGGAACAACUAAAAGUGCAACUGAAGUUAACUCAGGAACGGGAGCAAGAAAUACUGCAGAUGUCAACCCAAAAUGCCUUGCAGAUGAUUACUGCACCAUCACAUCAACCAAUCAAGUCUGUUGCGGAAUCUUCAGCUCCUGCUUUGCAAAUGAAAAUGGACAAAAGGGAAGAAAAGGAACAAAAUUCAUCUUUAGAUGUUUGUGCUGGAAAUGUCACAAAUACAAGUUUUGCUGCAGCUCAUCUGCAACAACCCCAAUAUGAGAUGUCAUCGUUGUUGCCAACGGUAAAUCGUAAAUUGAAAUCUCCUGGCUUUCAAUCCGGAUUUAGAAUUUAUGAAGAGGCAGAAAAAGAGUUCAGUGAUACGUGGGCACAAGUGGAGCCACUAUCCAGAUCCAUAGUUACAGGUUUAAAUGAGAGCAACAAUAGGGAACAGUUUAUGAAUAGAAGUGGUAACAGUUCUAGGACCCCGCUCUCGAAACCAAAAGAUGGAAAUGUUUCUGGAUCAAUUGCGAAUAGAUCCCACACGCCAAACUCUUCUUUUGGCUUGGUUCAAGCUACUCCAUCCAAAGUGCUACCUUCACCAACUGUUUAUACCAAAGAAGCAUUAGAUGCUAUAAUGGACAUGUUUCAGGCACCAGUGAUUCCUGAAUUACCUCAAGUUGAUGAACAUGGUUGUGCUUUUGCAGAGGAUCGAACAGAAAUGCAGGAUGGAGAUUCCAAAGCAUUUUGUAAAAAGGAUGACAACCAUCAAUCCAUGGAAAUUCUGGGUAUGAACUUUGCUCCACCUCCUACUGUACCAUUUUCUAUCUUUGAAGAUGAUCCUGGAAGUAUGAAUAGCAUACAAAAUGAUUUGAACAGUAAACCUGUAGAAUCGGCGCCACGGGGAGAAUUGUCAGAGAAACAGUUGAUGGUUGGUAAAGUAAAGGAUAUAGAUGAUCAGGCUGUUUGGGCUGUUUGUGACAACCGAUCCUUGGUAAUCAACCCAAACAAUACAGAGGAUUUUGCCCUUGCAGCCCCUCUAGCAUCUACUCCAUUCUAUGGGGUACCACCACAGUCAAAGCAAGAUUCAGAGGAAAGUCAAGAAAACGCAGACGUUAACAAUGAUGAGAACGUGGUGGCUCUUUCAUCAGAUGAGGAAUGCAUACAGUUUGCCAAAAUCAGAAAAAUUAGUCCUACUCAGCAUAUAGGGUCGGAAGCAAGCAAUAGGAUAUCACCUCCUGCCGUUGACUCUAGCCUUAAUUGUCAGCAUCUAACCAAUAAUGCACCAAUUUCUGAAGAAUUUCACAUGAUCGAAGAUAAUCUUGAAUCAUGCAGCGUGCCUAACUUUGAAGACUGCCUUAAACCUGAACAGUCAUUUUGCUGCCUGCAGGAAAUGUACUGCAGUGAUCAACAGUUUGAGGACCCAGUUGAAACCCCAACAGAAACUGGUGUAGUCAUCAAGAAUCCUUGGGACAAAAAUCUUAUAAGUGAACUUCUGUCAAAUCUAGCUAAGCCAUUGACUUCUUAUAGCUCUUUUUUAAAUUGGGAGGACAAUAUGCCUGCCGUCAGACCGAAAAUCAAUCUUUAUUUAGGGAAUGAAAUGUUCCAUGUCAGUCAUUUGCUUGGACAGGGGUCAUUUGCUCAUGUUUAUCAAGCUACCAUUGUUGAUAUGAAUAAUUUAUCUGAUGUGAGGAACCAACAAAAAGUCUGCUUAAAGGUUCAAAAAACAUCCAAUCCCUGGGAAUUCUACAUAAGUACUCAGCUAAAGGAGAGACUGAAACCCAAGUUAUGCAACCUCUACAAUAAUAUCCACGUUGGACACUACUUUAACAAUGGCAGUAUUUUGGUUGGAGAGUUGUACAGCUUUGGAACUUUACUGAAUGCAGUUAAUCUAUACAAAACAAUAAAUGAAAAAGCAAUGCCUCAGAUUCUGGUGAUCUACUUUGCCAUUCACAUUCUGAAUAUGGUGGAACAGCUGCAUAGUAUUGGAAUAAUUCAUGGUGACAUAAAGCCUGACAAUUUCAUGCUUGGAGAAAGGUUCCUAGAUGAUGCAGGCGGCGUUGAUGACACAUUAUCCCAAGGAUUAACGUUGAUUGACUUUGGCCAAAGCAUAGAUAUGAAGUUAUUCCCUCAAAAUACAGUUUUUGUGGAAAACUGUAAGACAUCAGGUUUCCAGUGUAUUGAAAUGCUGUCAGAAAAGCCAUGGACAUUCCAGACAGACUACUUCGGAAUUGCUGCCACAAUUCACUGCCUUCUCUUUGGCACUUAUCUGAAAUUGAAGAAAGAACAGGGUAUCUGGAAAGUCAAUGCAACUUUUCAAAGAGGUCAUCAUGCAGAUUUAUGGAAUCAUUUUUUCAAUACCUUAUUAUAUGUUCCCAGCUGCCAGACUCUGCCAUCACUUUGUGACCUACGGGAAAAGCUAGUGUCACUCUUUAAAGAACACUAUACAAAGAAACUGAAACCACUUCGGCAGCGGUUACUGGUGCUUUUACUUGAAAAUAAACCUUCACAAAAAAGAAUGUAAAUUGGAUGGCUGUCUAUAAAUGUAGAUUGUAAAUAGUUUCAUACUUCAUUUUUGUAUGCCCUAAAUAUUGCUGUUAUUUCAAUGUAUGUUUUCAAUAGUGGAACUUAGAUUCUAUAACAGAAAUUGACAGCAAAAUCUUUAAAGCAUAAGAUUGUGCCAUUGUUCUUUCCAGCAAACAUAGGCCAAGCCUUGCCUUCUUACUUUCCAAUUUAUCAAUAAGAGUUCUUGAGAUUGCUUACAAUCUACAUGUUGUGGGAAGACUCAACCUUGAGUUUUUAUAAAUAUGCCACUUUAAUAGCAGUCAUUUAAAUUUAUGGUGAGUUUGUUUCCUGUCAAAACUUGUGUCUGUUAAAGAGUAUGUAGAGUUUAUUUUAAAAAUGUAUGGAAAGUAAAAUGGUUUAAUUGGAUUUUUUUAAACGACAAUAGUUGUUUCACAUCUUAAGAAACUGAAUGCUGCAUCGGAACACUUGUUCAGUUAAUAUGUCAGUCAAGCUGCAAGUAUCCCACAGCACUUGAAGUUUCAGACAUUAACUGCAUUAUAACCUUGAAUGGAGUGUAAUUUCUGGUCACAGGAGCAGCAUAAAAUGAUUGUGAUUUAUCUUGGACUGUAUUGCAAUAUAGAAUGUCUACCAAUUUACAUUUCAAUAUUUAAUGUCAGGGAUUCUUUGAAUUAAAUUAUUGAGGCUGGAUUCUUUGAAAUCACAGCUAAGGUAAUCUUUCAGGAACUUCUACCCUAAAAGAGCCCCUUUUAACCACAAGUAUCAUUGUGGGUUGGCUAGAAGUCCUUAUUGGACACUUUUUUCCCCCCCCUCCCCAUUCAGAACCACUCUCACAUAGAACUCAGGAUUUUUCAUAUUAUGUUGAUACAUUUCAUAAAAUUAAAAAGGACCAACUCCUCAGUUGUGGAUGGUACUACAUUACAAACUUCCUGUGCCUAUGCAUGACUUGUAGAAGUGUUCUUAUGAUAAUUUAGGAGUUGAAAUAACGUGUGCAGGAGCAAAAGGGGUUAAAAUGAUAUAAUCAUGCAGGCCCAGCCUGUGACAGUGGUAGGGUUAAUUUAGAACUCGAUAGUUCAUCAUUUAAGAACAGUUUGAAUACACCCCAGUUGAAUGAUUGAACUUGUAACAUUUUCUUUCCAGGAUCAGUCCUCCUACAUGGAAAUUCAGCUACUGACUGCCUAUUAACAUAAUAGCAUCAUGUGAUAUGUUAUUACUGUCAGUGUGUUUAACAAAGGGUUCCACAGAAAAAUAAAACUAAUGAGGAUCAUUGAUCA